CUAUCUGUCGUUGAAAUUUUUGUGUCAAGUUAACUAUAUAAAAUUGGGAGAGGUACUUUCCACGAUGCAAAUGUAUUACAAGCUUAAACAGAAUGAAGUGUACUGCUAAGAAGUGCUGCUGCUGUGAUCUAAGAUGGGGAGCCCUUACUAUCGCUAUUAUAGACAUGAUUAUGGCGGCUGCAGUUGUUUUAGAAACUAAGUAUUUGACCUAUUAUCAAGGCUGGUGGAUUGAAGAUCGUAAUGAUCCAGAUAACAUUGGGAAGUUUGAAAGCAACUACUACCCUUCCACCUACUAUGCUUGGAUGGUCACUUUUGUUAUCCACUUUGCCCAUUUAGUCGCCUGUGUUUUGGUUAUUCUUUCAGUUUGGGUGCAAUUAAAGAAAUUGGUCAUUGCGUAUUUAAUAAUUGGUUCCGUACGCAUAUUAUAUGACCUCGUAUUUUUGAUUUAUGUUUGCGUAGAAGUUGGCGCUGUAGUAGUGACCUUGCUGCUUAUCUUGGGUGGUUUCGGUGUAGCGAUCUACUUCUGGUUCGUAGCAUAUUCAUGGUUCAAGAUGCUCGGAGGUUCGACUCGAGCCGAUUAACCGGAUUAUCCUUACCCAAGUCGCCUUGAAUGGCAUGGUUAAAUAAAAUUUAAACAUUUGGUUUUCUUGUUGGCUUCAAAAUUAAAAGUAUUCGAAAUAAAUUCUAAACUCAAAAUUCAAAA